GUUCAGAGUGGCCUCGCUUCGCAAUAUAAAACCAGACUCCGCAGAGACAUAGAGAGAGAGAGAGAGAGAGAGAGAGAGAGAGGACAUGCUCUGCAACUGCUGCGGUCCUGUUUCCUUCUCCUCGGGUCCUUCGGGCUUCGCUUUGUCUCGGUACAUCUGCCGCUCCAUGUUUUCGUCGAGCUCUUGAUCUUUCGAAUUGAAUGCACCGUCGUCUACCUACCCCACUAUUUGCGCAUAUGUAUCCCGGCGUCUGUUGACAUAUGCGUGUAUUGCUGCUCCUGGGUACGGAGGAAAUAAACGCACAAGCGCGCACGCAGUCAGCGGGAGACAGAGAGAGAGAGAGAGAGGCUGACGGGUGGGUCGUUCCUUCGUUCCUUUUCCUAGCAACGGACGAAUUGACCGGAAGCCAGCUUUGAAGUGGGUCGUGCCGAGGGAUUUUUAGUCGUGGGGAGACUUCGGAUGGUGCAGGAAUUUUGCGGACCGGCGAUAGAUGAACUGUGAGACCGAGGGCGUUCCGAUGGCGAGCAAUAACAAUAAUUCAUCGGAGAUGCAGGAAGAGCCGAGCAUCGACACCGACAAGCUCAGCUACGAGAUCUUCUCGAUCCUGGAGAGCAAGUUCCUCUUCGGCUACGACGACCACAAGCUCUGGGUCCCCAAACAAAUCGACCCGAAACCCGCCGCCGACCAUAACGACCUCUCCUCCAUCAAGAACCAGCGAGGCAAAAUCUGCAUCCUCGCCCUCGACGGCGGCGGCAUGCGGGGCAUCCUCCCCGGCAAGGCCCUCGCCUACCUGGAGCACGCCCUCAAGUCGAAGUCCGGCAACCCGGACGCCAGCAUCGCCGACUACUUCGACGUCGCCGCGGGCACCGGCGUCGGCGGCAUCUUCACCGCCAUGCUCUUCGCCACCAAGGACCACAGCCGCCCUCUCUUCCGCGCCGACGACACGUGGAGGUUCCUGGCCGACCACGGGCGGAAGUUCUACCGCUCGCAGCCCGCGUCCAAAUCGGGCGGGUUCCUGCGGAGGCUCCUGCGGGGGGGCUCGGCCGGCUCGACGGCGUCGGCGACGGCCGCGCUGGAGAGGCUCGUGAGGGAUUCCUUCAGCGACGGGGCGGGGAGGGAACUGACGCUGAGAGACACGCUGAAGCCGGUCCUGCUGCCGUGCUACGACCUGACGAGCUCGGCGCCGCUCCUGUUCUCGCGCGCCGACGCGCUGGAGAGGGACGGGUUCGACUUCCGGCUCUGGGAGGUGUGCCGGGCCACGUCGGCGGAGCCCGGCGUGCUGGAGCCGGUGCAGAUGAGGUCGGUGGACGGGCGGACGCGGUGCGUGGCGGUGGGAGGGGGGCUGGCGAUGAGCAACCCGGCGGCGGCGGCGAUCACGCACGUGCUGCACAACAAGCAGGAGUUCCCGUUCGUGCGGGGGAUGGAGGACCUGCUGGUGCUGUCGCUGGGGACGGGCCAGCUCCUGGACGUGAGCUACGACUACGACAAGGUCAAGGCCUGGAAGGCCCGGGACUGGGCCCGGCCCGUGGCCCGGAUAUCCGGCGACGGGUCGGCGGACCUGGUCGACCACGCGGUGGCCAUGGCGUUCGCCCAGUGCAGGGGCGGCGGCAAUUACGUGCGGAUUCAGGCAAAUGGGCCCAGCAUUGGUCGUUGUGGACCGAAUGUUGAUACAGACUGGAGUCCUAACAAUGUAAAGAUGCUGACAGGGAUAGCAGAGGAGAUGCUGAAGCAGAAGAAUGUUGAAUCGGUGCUGUUCGGUGGCAAGAGAAUCUCAGAACAGAGUAACUUCGAGAAGCUCGACUGGUUCGCCGGAGAACUUGUGCAGGAGCACCAGAGGAGGAGUUGCCGAAUUGCUCCCACUGUUGCUUUCAAGCAAGCUGUUCCUAAACCCACCUAAACUUAGCUUCGAACGAAACUCGGGUCCGACUCAGCACGAGAAGGUUGCAGCAGCAGAAGAGGCCAAAAGAGAGGAGGGAGAAACUUAGGGGGAAAGGAACAGAAGCUACACAGUCCAUCCAGCUUUUACUUUUCAAAGGGAGGGAGGGAUUGAGUGAGCUAAAGAAAGGGACAAAUUGAGUGUAACAAAAUUUGGGUGUUGGGAAGAUCUUAGGUGGGAUACUUUUGCCUGCCAGAGGACGGGUAGCGUGGUGUCCACUUUAUAGCUUUCUACAAUAGCAAGUAAGAAAGUAAGUAAAAACCAAAGUCCAAAGAAGAGCUUCUUCUUUUUUUCUCUCUUUUCUUUCUUUCUUUUUCUCUUUUUUUAUUUUUUGGACGGAGAGUUUUGCAGAGUCAAAGAAGGAUCACCUGCGAAUCUCCCUUUUUUCUCUUCUCAGUUUGAAUUUGGCAGGGCGAUGUUGCUUUCUGCCUUCUUCAUUUCGCCCUACCCGCCUUUGUUCUUUAUCAGAUUUUUUUUCCGUGUUUUCAUCAUCCAUGCUAGACCCUCAAGGGGGCCUUGGAUGAUCUUGGGCUUGUUUGCUUUCUAGUCUACUUCCUAUUUCUGGGGUUUUGUCCUCUGUAGAUAUGUAAGUGGUGAAAAUAGCAGUUGCGCUUGGCUACCUUUGUGAUUUUUCGAAGCAGCCAGAGACCCAUGUCCUUCCCUCAGAAUUGAAUCAUUGGCAUCGCCCAUACUCGGGUGCUGGACACUUAUGUAUGAGUUUGAAUUUUUUUUACCCCAGAAAAAAUCAAACAAGUAAAAGAAGGAAAAUGAAUAUCCAUGUGUA